GAGCAAAAAAUCGAUGAAUAGCAAAAACGUUUUUCUUUUGAUUGUAAACAAAUCUUUCUCCAGAAAGUUAAUUUAAUUGUAACUAUUUUCCAGUAAUCUAAUUGAUUUUUAAUCUUAAAUUUUAUUCUUUUUCUAUUUUCAUGGUUACAGGUAACGAUGGAAGGUAAAGAAAUUAGUGGAUUAAAUGAAGAAGCUGAUUUAUUUGACAUUAUCGCUCAUCAUGUAACCUCAGGGCAAUAUAAGGAUGGUUGGGAUGAGGAUAAAUGGGAACAACAAAUGGAAGAGCAUCCAUUGUUUAUGACCAAAGCACCGGAAGGUGAAUUACCUCCUUUAGUUGAAGCAAUUGCUCAAAUUAAAUAUGACGAAGAGUCGGACAAUUUAAUUGAAUUGGCUAAUAACUAUAAAGAUGAUGGUAAUGAAAAUUUUCGUCUUAAAAAGUAUCGAUGGGCAGUUGAUUGUUAUAGAAAAGCUUUGGAGUGUAAAGUCAAGGAUAAUCAAUUGAACUCAAUUCUAUUCAAUAAUCGAGCCUCAGCUAAUUUUCACCUGGAAAAUUAUCGUUCCUCCAUGUUGGAUGCUCUUCAAGCAAUCAAAUUAAAUCCUGACAACAAGAAGGCAACACUUAGAGCUGUUGAGUGUAUGAUGAAACUAGAAAAGUAUCAAUUUUGUGUUGACUUUUGUAGUAAAUCAAAAUUCUCAUCAGAAUUAACUUCGUACAAGACAAAAGCUCUGGAAUCAUUGAAACGAAUUGAAAGAGAUGAAAGAAAAGCAAAAGCUGAGGAGAGAAAAAUUAAAUUACAACAAGAAGAAAUUAAAUUAGCCGUUGAAAAGAGGAAAAUCAAUUACUCUGGGUCACUUUUCAUCGCCUCUCAUCCCGCAGCUGAAGGUCAUCAUGUUCACCUAAAUGACCAAGGAGAACUGAUCUGGCCCGUUCUAUUUGUUUACCCCGAAUUUGGACAAUCUGAUUUCAUUGAAAGUUUCAAUGAAAAUGAUUCAUUUGAUCAGCAUUUUUCCGCUAUGUUCCCUCUCAAUGAAGAUCAUCCAAACUGGGAUGUUGACAGAAAAUAUCGACCGGACAAUCUAAAAGUAGCCUUCCAAGAUGCUCGAUCAGGUCAAAUUUACCCCUUCAAAUUAACCAGGAAAUUAAAAUCCAUUCUAACUGAUCCUAAAUUCAUCAUCAUCUCAGCAAUACCAACAUUCAUUGUCGUUUCCAAUGAUAAGUCAUUUCAAAGUUAAUAACUUCAAAAAAAAGAAUUCUUUUUUCUAUCUCUGUAAACAUAAACUGUUAAUAAUCAAAUAACUAUUCAAUAUAA